UUUGUUUCGUGGUUUUUGUUGAUCGACAUAAUUAGGUAGAUAAUAUGAUUGUUCGAUUUAAGUUAUCGAUAUCCCUCAUGCACCUUACUUUAAUCAAAGGAGACAGACCAAUCGAUCGACCGGUCUUGUUGCAUUUCUUGUUUGGCGAAUGUGGUUGUGCUUUUAGUCGAUCGACUGGUUAAGUAUAUAGAAGAAUGAUUAAUGAGAGUGAGUAGAGUGAUCGAUAUCCAGCACACUCAUGCAUAGUAGUCUAAUAUAGGAGUUCGAAAACAGAUCAUUCGAUCAACUCCUUUCGUCUUUUUUUUAAUCAAGUAUGGAAAUGAUCAUGUUGUAUUGACGAGUCGAGUGUUGGUUUUUGGUAUACAUCGAAUGUAGUAGCUACUACCGUUUUUUGGUAUAAUCUAGUUCAAGACCAGAAGUAGCUUAGAAAGAAUAGGAUCUUCAUUCCAGUCAAAAACUUACCCCUCAGGGGAGUGUGCUUGAGCAGUGUGCUGCGAAACGUGUCGUUCGUAAUCGAAAGAAUCUCUUUCUUAUGCAAAAUCUGGUUCGACUAUUGUUGCUCCUGCUCGGUAGUUCCGUAGCAGGUUUUUUCGGACGUUUUCUAGAAUCAGAAGGAAGCGCUAUAAUGACCACUACGUGCGUUUCAUUCUGUGCGCUAGUGGGCUUCCUAUUUUGCUUUCGCAUUUUUUACUUUCGUUUGAAAGGACCACUGAAGGGGAUUCUAAAUAUCUUCUUGGUCUUUUCCAUCGCGUUGGUAAUCUCUUUGAUACGGAUCCAAGUCAUCCACCUACUGGGUGGUCAGGCUUUGACCCUGUUGGGGCCGAUUAUCGGCUGGUAUGCAGUAGGAUGGCAAGCACUUCCUUCUACGGGCCCUAACGGGGCGGAGAGCUGGGAGGAGAGUACGUUUGAACUUGACGUGCUCGAGGAAUCCUUUUCCCCCACGGCAGAGGAGGCCCAAACGGAAGAAGGGGAACCCUCGGUCAAUCAGGGGGGUCCCGAGGAAGCUGGGCCUGCGCUUCCAGCUCAUCCAGGGGGGGGGGACGAAGCUGGGCCAUCUGUCCCCUAUCCUUACGGGGUGGAUGAAAUGAUUGGAGGGGGCAGCGUUCGCGACAUCCAACGUCGCCUUUUGGCGGCAUUUGCUUCUCCCUCAUACGAGGUCAUCCAAUUAACCCGCAUUCAAGCCGAAGACCUCUUCGAGGUCAAGGUCGAGAUUGUGAAGAUCAUGGCUCUAUAUGAUCCAAGAGGGGAUUGGAUGGGGCGGGGAGCUCGGGCUCUAGAUAAUCCGAGAACCGCCAUGGGAGAAGAAUCCUUAGAUCGGCUUUUCCGUUUUUUUAGCCGAUCUCCAAUAUACGGGACCUCUCCUCGAACGAGGUUUUCGCGGUUACCAGGAUCUAGUAGUUCUAAAACAAAAAAUAGAAAAAGAUAUGCGUAUAGAUAUAAUAGAUAA